GCACUUUCAUUGUUUACGAGCAUUCUCGAAGAAAGUCCUUCGCUGUUUGGUACGUUUUAGUUAUUCGAAACCGAGUUUGCACAGUUGACGUUUUUUCAAUUAAAAAUUCCACAAAUGGAGUAUGCUUACGUUGAGGAGACGCUGGCCAACAUCCAUCUCAACAGGCAGCAGAGCCGAAGAGACAGGUCGAACAGCACGAGUAACGGCUCCCCGAAGAUCUCCACCAGCAACGGCAACCUGAAGAUCAACAGCAACUGCGGCAUGUUCCAGAUGCGGCACGACCCCGUGAAGAGGACCGGCAGCUUCGUCAUAGGCCAGAAGCUACGCGAAUCCAAGUGGUUCACGCACGCCGAAAUGAACAUUUUUUGUGCCGUGGUGGAGUCGGGGUUCAUCAUCGAGCAGAAGCAGGAGGAUGUCACCAGGUACGGGGUCGCCAUCUGGGCCCCUAGCUACGAAAAAAGCAAGAACCCUGAGUACCUGACCAUCUACACCAUCACCGAAUGCAAGGGCAAAUUCAAAGUCCUGCCCUGCAAGCUCAUCGAAUUUUGGCCCGAUGGGACCACCGUCAAAAUCAACAACAAAUCCGACAAAACGGAAACUCCAUUGGCCGAAGACGUGGUCCGAAGUCAAAUCACAGCAGCCGAAAACUCCAAAAGGAAGUGGCACAACACCGAGCAUUUCGCCUACUAUUGUCGAUACGGACCUGUCGCUACCAACGUUAGGAUGAGAAAGAUUACAGACGGAUUAAGGUGGAACACCGGCACGUUCUUCCUAAAAAUCAGGAGUCUGACAGCUAAAUAACCACCUAGAUAUAAGUUAAAGUUAAUUUAGUAUUACCUCCUAAGACUGUGUUAUUUAUUUCUUUUAUAUGGACAUGAUGACUUAUUUUUUAUAUGUAAAGUUGUCAAGUUUAUUGAAGGGUUUAACUUUAAUAAAUCGAUGAUAACUAAGA